UCUGUCGUGUAUUGUAAAGGUAGCAAACAUUCAGGCGCUGCAUAGUGGAACCCGUUUUUUCUCCUUUUCCUAUCGGACUUUACAAGUGGACCAGCUAAAGUGAGAAAAAUCUUCACAAAACAGGAAGUACUCGAUUUCCGAAUUUGUUGUAUCGGUGAUUGAGCAAAUGAUACUGCGAGGAUAGUGCAGAAAACGGUUGCAGACCCGGAAAGAAAAGUGGAUUAAAUUUUCUUCUCAUCUCCAUCAUAUAUGAAAGAGGAUUAUGAAUGUGGACUAAAUCAAUUAAUAUCGAGGUGAUAGUAAUCUGCUUUCUAUCGAUCAUCCCAUGGCCUGGUCCGAGCGUGUUCAAGAUAUCCUGCUCCCGCGACAGCUCCCGAGUAGUGCGCAAGAUAGUCCAAUCGAAAUGGCUGCCCAUACUGGAGAAGUACCAGGUCAAACUGCCGCUGGAAUGUCCGUUUCAUCCGUUGCGCGACAUCUUCGGACCGCAGCAGGUAGCCAAGAAGCAGAACCGCCCGAGCCAGUGGACCUGCGAUCUGUGUGGUAAAAGUUUCUUCGAAGAGAAACACCUCGAUAUGCACUUUGAAAACCGUCACAAAAGCAACAUCAACAUGGCGGAGGACGCCGUCUGCCUGGCGGACUAUUGCGACAUGAUGCGCUGCGAGGUGCUGAUUGCCAAGGACGCAACCCUAUCGUUCGGCGGCGACCCGAACAUGAUGUCCACCGAUAUCGAGGUGUGGAACGAAGCGACCGCCUACCGAACCGCACUGUCCACGGCGGGUCCGCGGGAUUUGGCAAAGGUGCCAGUGAGGAAAUCUCUUCUUCCAAAAAUCCUACAAACGAUAAAGAAUGACAUCCUCAGCGAGCGGAAGCCACCGAUGUCGGCGCUGAGUGCGAAGGGGUUAUCCAAUUGUGAUGCCUCUGAGAAGCGAAAGUCUCGUGCGAGGGAGCAUUCCGGCAGUGAUGAUGAUCACGGUGUGGAGAUUGAUGACGAAGAUGACGACGAUGAUGAGGACGAUGAGGACGAAGAUGAUGAGAGUGAUAACGAUAGUAAUGCGACGGCUCAAUGCGAGCAGAAUCUGGUGGACUCGUCGCUACCGCCGGUCGAUCGGAAACAGCAGAAGCUAUCGGAAAUGCAACGAAUGAAGGCCAACUGCAAGACAGAGGAGUUGGAUCAACUGAAGACGCGUUGUGAAAUCCUCGUACGGGAUUGUAUCGUAGGGCUGCUGGUUCAGCUAUCCUUGGAAGAUUUCAAGAGUAUGGAAGAAGAGAUGAAUCGAGCCGUGUGUUGGUACUUGACGUGCGAAAGGUACUGGGAAGAUGGCCCUCUGGACCAGAGACCAUUCCCAUGGGGACUGGUGUUCGUUCUGGUGAUGGUGUUGUCUUUGGGCGUAUGUCUGUGCUACUAUAUUAUAUGGAUACUGUUUGACGAAGACCACAGUCCGGUGGCGAGUAACCAGAUAACGGCUCAUACGAGCCCUAUCCAUGGACGACACUAUUUGCAGCCACAGUCGGCUAGCAUCUACCAUCUGCAGGACGGUGGUCAUUCGGCCACAAGUCUGAACAGUUUGGGUCAGAUAUCGGCAACGGCAGGCGUAUCAAGUGGAACCGACUUGCAGCAUACGCCGCAGAUCCACGCCACACAGGUGCCAUACGGGGACGAAGGUGGCUACGGGUAUGCAGCCGGUAGCGGUGGAACCGCCGUCGUGACCGAUGGGGCUGCCAGUGCUGGAACCACAAUGGCCGGUGGCGCCGAGUUGGGCCAGAGCGAACAUUACAUCUAUGUGACGUACCCGCCAGAACUGAAACGAAGACUACUAGAAAGCUGCUACAAUAGAACGACCCGUCUAUGAAAUUAGAUUGAAUACCAAUGAACUUAUAAACAAACCAAACUAAGAGAAAAGACAAAGAUAUUAGUAAAGCAAAAAUCACCCCAAUUGGGGGUACACCUACACAAACUUCAAGUAGUCCAACAAAAAUAAAACUUUGGAAUGAAUACAAAAUCACUGACUAGUAGUUACCGAAUUUGUACGACUAAUUGUAACGAACUCAAAUCACUACUACUGACAUGCAAGUGUUUACACAUAGAGUCUGAUGGAAGAGGAUAGACAUUUAAUGAGAUGAAAUCACAACGACUGUGGCUUUGAAAAAAAAAACCUUAGAAUGCAAUGGCUUUAACUAAGCAAAACUCUUUUGUAAGAAUCAUUCCGAAGGGAGAAUCACCUGCAUUCGUAUGUUUAGCACAAAUUUGUUACCCUCUUUACGAUGCCUAGAUCGUUUGGAUAUGUUAGUAGGAUCACCUCAACCAAAGAUAUUUGAAUUUUAGUUUUCAACAACUUAGAUCUUUUCCUAGUUUAUAGAAAUCCGUUUGUUUAAACUACUCAUACUUAAACUAAGACCAAGCCGAAAGGCAUUUAGGUUCCCAUCAUCGAAUACGAAUAGCUAAUCCAAAGCCGCGACCUUCGAAUUAUCUUUCUACAACUAUAAAAGUACAAACCGAGCGCUACUAACGAUAAAACAAAACUUAAUCAUGAAUCUCGAAAGUCUUGCUUCAAAAUUAUCAAGUUACACAAACCAAACCGCGAUUUGUCAUAAAAUUUCUACGAACGAUCACUUUUUAAAUGCGCCCUUUAAACUUAACGUAUAGUCUAAUUUCAUAGCUACUAAUUCGGCGAUUUAUUUUUCGCCGUACCAAGCUGAAUACUAACAAACAAACAAAACUGAUGGUUGAACCGAUAGCUGUAGGAAAUGGAUAAUCAAUUUUUCAAAUUUGUAUCAUAUAGAGAAAAGAAACUUACCCGUACGUAUGAGAGUAGAAAAUACAGAUAGUAUUGGUUUUCCCUUAACCUUUAUUCUUUUAAAGAAAAAAAAACUCUAUUUCAUUAAUAUGAUGCAAUAGUGAACCUAGUCAUAGAAACCAAGUUCUAGUAUUAUGAAAGUUACUAAAGCAACAAAAGGAAGCGGAUGUGGAUUAAGUAAUUCAACGCAUGAAUAAUAAAAAUUUAUAAAA